AUGACGCCUCGGCUGGCCGUGGCCAAAGAGGUGGCGCCGCUUGUGGCCAAGCUUACGCUCUGCUCGCGUUCGUGUCCGUCGGAUCUGCUGGUGAGUAUCAAGGACAAGAACCCAAGCGUGCAGGUGACGCACGAGCCGCUGGACGUUUCGCAACUUCACGACGUGCGCAGAUUCACGACGAAACACGAAGCGACGCAGUUCGACUGGAUCGUGCUCACCCCCGGCCUGCUGUCCAUGAAUGGCCGCACCGAGACGAAGGAAGGACUCGACGUCAAUAUGUGCACGCACUACAACGGACGCUGUGUGUUUCAGGUUCAUGCUGGUUCACGAUAUGCUGGCCAGACUGAAUCCCCCAGUGUGCGCGUUCUGAACGUGCUCGGCGCUGUGCAAGGCAGCCCCCCUGAUCUGAACGACCUGAACCUCAAGCGCACCUUCUCCAUUAAGCGCUGCGCUGAGGCGACAACCAUGUACUCGUACGUCGCCUUCGCUGAGCGGGCCCCGGACGCCUCCUUCAUCCAUGCGACGCCAGGAUUCGCCAUGGACGAGUUCACGACCGGCUGGCACCUCAUUAACCAAGACGCGCAGGAAAUGCCCAAGACCAUAUAUCACACUGACGAACUCAAGGACGUCGUGUGGAAGCACGCGCUUGAAACGAUCGACGGUGUCAUGACGCAACACUGA